AUGGAGUCCAGCAAACCCAAACGGAAACCUAACUGGACCGAAGACGAAACGUUAAGCUUAGUUCGUUUGGUGGACGAAAGGAAAGACAUAAUAAGAGGUAAAUUUGGAGCAGGCGUGACAAGCAAGAAGAAGAAGGAAGCAUGGUUGGCAGUCACCGAAGAAAUAAACGCCGCAUUCCCUUCUGUGCUACGAACAUCGGAAGACUGUGAGAAACGGUGGUAUAACGUCCAGUGUAGAUCACGAAAAGAAAUUUCUACGCAAAAGACACUCAUGCAAGGCACAGGAGGCGGUCCCGUGAUGAACCUGAGUGGUAUUGCUGAAGCGGUUUACGAUGUUUUGGGGCAUUCCAAUGUUUCCAUAAGUGGGGUUGACGGUGGCCUUGAUUCGUCAUUGAUUCAGGUCUUUGAUUUAGGCACAAGGUCACGUCAUGUCAAAGGUCAUAACUGUAAACACAAUAGGAUGAAUACAUACAUUGCAGUAUCAUUUAGUCUCAUGCCGGCCACUUUUGUGGUUGCUUCUUUAAUAUAG